GAGGCUGGCAGGGUGCCAGGGUCCACAGUAUAAAGGAACUGGGGGAUGGCAGGAAGCAGCCCAGAGCCUUGGUGGAUGCCACUCCAGCCAUGCUUUCUGUCUUGCUCUCCUUGAGUGUCUCCCGUCUGGGCCUGUGGGCUGCUGGAUUGAUCUUGGUCUUAGGCCUCCUCAAGCUCAUCCGUCUGCUGCUGCGGAGGCAGAUGCUGGCCAGAGCUAUGGACAGUUUCCCAGGGCCCCCCACCCACUGGCUCUUCGGGCACGCCCAGGAGAUCCAGCAGACAGGGAGCCUGGACAAGGUGGUGUCCUGGGCCCACCAGUUCCCUUAUGCCCACCCACUCUGGCUUGGACAGUUCCUUGGCUUCCUGAACAUCUAUGAGCCCGACUAUGCCAAAGCUGUGUACAGCCGAGGGGACCCUAAGGCUGCAGAUUUGUAUGACUUCUUCCUCCAGUGGAUUGGGAAAGGCCUCCUGGUGCUCCAGGGGCCUAAGUGGUAUGAGCACCGCAAGCUGCUCACCCCUGGCUUCCACUAUGAUGUGCUAAAACCCUAUGUGGCUGUGUUCACCAACUCCACGCACACUAUGCUGGACCAGUGGGAGGAAAAGGCUCGUGAGGAUAAGAGCUUUGACAUCUUCUGUGAUGUGGGCCAUAUGGCACUGGACUCACUCAUGAAGUGCACCUUUGGCAAAGGAGACAGCGGUCUGGACCACAGGGACAGUAGCUACCACUCGGCCGUCAGAGACCUCACUCUGCUGAUGCAGGAGCGCAUUGAUUCCUUCCAGUACCAUAAUGACUUCGUCUAUUGGCUCACCCCACAUGGCCACCGCUUCCUGAGGGCCUGCCAGGCAGCCCACGACCACACAGACCACGUCAUCAGGGGACGAAAGGCAGCCCUGAAGGAUGAGAAAGAGUGGGAGAAGAUCCAGAGCCGGAGGCACCUGGACUUCCUGGACAUUCUUCUGGGGGCUCGGGAUGAAAAUGGUAUCAAAUUGUCAGACGAAGAUCUCCGGGCUGAGGUGGACACGUUCAUGUUUGAAGGCCAUGACACCACCACCAGUGGCAUCUGCUGGUUUCUCUACUGCAUGGCCCUGUACCCUGAGCACCAGCAUCGCUGUCGGGAGGAGGUCUGCGAGAUCCUUGGGGACCGGGACUCCUUCCAGUGGGAUGAUCUGGGGAAGAUGACCUAUUUGACCAUGUGCAUCAAGGAGAGCUUCCGCCUCUACCCACCUGUGCCCCAGGUAUACCGCCAGCUCAGCAAGCCUGUCAGCUUUGUGGAUGGCCGCUCCCUACCUGCAGGCAGCCUCAUUUCUCUGCACAUCUAUGCCCUCCAUAGGAACAGCGCAGUGUGGCCUGACCCUGAGGUCUUUGACCCUCUGCGUUUUUCCCCUGAGAAUGUGGCCACACGUCACCCCUUCGCCUUCAUGCCCUUCUCUGCUGGGCCCAGGUCUGACGUGUCCACACGCCUCAGCUGGCAUCAAAGUCCUCUCUGGCUUGUUGGCUCACUCACCUGUCACCUGUUGAGCUCCUCCUCCCAGCUCAGCUCCUGCUGAGGAGGUCCCAGAGAAUGCCCACCCUCCCCAUCUGCUUGCCAAAUGCUCAAGGCUAAGGCAAUGCCAGGCUGCCCUCCGCCUUCCACCCUGCUGGCUGUGCCUCUUCAUUCCUGGACCCUGACAUCGCCAUAAUAUUUUACUCGAGGACACAUCACUUUCCAGAACAGGACAGUGCCAGGAGCAUGGAGCUUCCUACAGUGGGGUCAAUUAGUAAAUGAAUGAGUGAAGGGAAGAAAGAAAGAAGAAAGAAAGAAAGAAAGAAAGAAAGAAAGAAAGAAAGAAAGAAAGAAAGAAGAAAGAAAGAAAGAAAGAGAAAGGAAGAAAGAAAGAAAGAAAGAAAGAAAGAAAGAAAGAAAGAAAGAAAGAAAAAGAAGAUGUCUCUUUUGAGUGGAGGCAUUUUUUCUUGACUGAACUCCUGGAGGCAAGGGCAGUAUGCCAUCUCAUAGCAGAGGACUUGGUACACAGAGACAGGAUUAAUAGGCAGUCUUAUAAUUGAACAAUGUUUAUUGAACUGAAAAAAAAAACCCUGAAUGGAAUAAAAUAUGCAUAACCAUUAGUUCUGAGCUAGGAAUUGAACUGUCUGCCCCUCUCCUCUCUCUACUGGCAGCCAUAUGACUUGCAUCAAUGUCUAGGGAGAAGGACUCAAAUCCCAGGGGGAAACAAAUCCUGGAGCGAGCAUCUGGAAGAAUAAUUUGCUUAAGGAUGUUGUGUGAAAGUGGAUCAAACUUAGUAUGUGAAGGAUUGACAGAUUUCUGUACUUGAAAAAAAAACCCUAUUUUUUGAGUAACUACUUACAAAGUUUAUUGCAGUUACUAUUUAUAGGACACUUUGAGCAGCACUGGAGGAUUUCAGAGCAGCCACUGUGGAGAAAAGUCAUCCCAUUGAACAGCCACUUCAAGUGUGCUUUACAUUUUACAGACCAGGUAACAUUCAAAUGCCGUGUGUCAUAUACAAAAUAGUGGGUUUUGUCUCAAAAGCAGUUGAUUGUCCUCAACUUUUUGCUACUUGUCAGUGUUCACUAUGUACUCUUCGGGACUAUGAUAUGCAAAUCCCAUUCACAUAAAGAAUUUUGACAACUGGAAAAGUUGUCGUAGUUAUGAGAUUCUUAGUUGGUAGUAAACAUUUUGUUGG